CAAUUCACAUUCACAGUCAGCAAGAGUGGUGGUGGGCAUGACGGCAACCAGGGCUGGCUGACCCACCAACCCAGAAUAGACCAGUCAAGUAGUCCCCUUCCCCAAAUCACCCCCAUUCCUUUCCCCCGCCCUUCCUUCCUUCCUUCUUCCCCUUUCUCCUUUCUUUCUUUGUUUCUUUGUUUCUUUCCUUCCAGCUUCAGUAGCAGAGCGAUGGAGAAUCAGAACCCACCCACAACCUCGCCUUCCCCUGCGCCUCCACCUCCUUCUUCUUCUUCAUCCAAAACCAAAUGGGUUCUCCCUUAUCGGACCGAUAACCUCAAAGAUCAGUACUCCAUUGGCAAGAAGCUGGGGCAAGGCCAGUUCGGCACCACUUACCUCUGCACCCACACCUCAACGGGGCAUCUCUACGCCUGCAAAUCCAUCCCCAAGCGCAAGCUCUUCUGCAAGGAGGACUACGAAGACGUGUGGAGGGAAAUCCAAAUAAUGCACCAUCUCUCCGAGCAUCCCAAUGUCGUCAGGAUCAGGGGUGCCUUCGAGGAUGCUCUUGCCGUCCAUUUGGUGAUGGAACUCUGCCAAGGUGGGGAGCUCUUUGAUCGGAUUGUCAAGAAGGGCCAUUUCAGCGAGCGGGAAGCUGCUAAGCUCAUCAAGGUCAUCGUUGGUGUUGUGGAGUCUUGCCAUUCUCUUGGGGUUAUGCACAGAGAUCUUAAGCCUGAGAACUUCUUGUUCGAUACCGAUGCUGAGGAUGCUGCUCUUAAAGCCACUGAUUUCGGUCUCUCUGUGUUUUUCAAGCCAGGUGAAACAUUGUCGGAUGUUGUUGGUAGCCCUUACUACGUUGCACCGGAGGUCUUGCGCAAAUAUUAUGGACCUGAAUCUGAUGUAUGGAGUGCAGGAAUCAUUUUAUACAUCUUGCUAAGCGGGGUGCCACCCUUCUGGGCAGAAACCGAAGUAGGAAUCUUUCGGCAGAUUCUACAAGCGAAAUUGGAUUUUGUAUCUGAACCGUGGCCUAGUAUUUCAGACAGUGCGAAGGAUCUGAUAACAAAGAUGCUUGAGCGGAACCCGAGGAAGAGGUUAUCUGCUCAUGAAGUCCUCUGUCAUCCCUGGAUUUUGGACGACACAAUGGCCCCGGAUAAACCUCUCGAUUCUGCUGUAUUAUCACGUCUGAAGCAAUUCUCUGCAAUGAAUAAACUGAAGAAGAUGGCACUACGUGUCAUAGCAGAGAGGCUAUCAGAAGAAGAGAUUGGUGGUCUAAAGGAGUUGUUCAGAAUGAUAGAUACAGACAACAGUGGAACAAUAACAUUUGAGGAACUAAAAGAUGGGUUGACGAGAGUUGGAUCUGAACUUAUGGAGUCUGAGAUAAUGGAUUUGAUGAAUGCGGCUGAUAUUGACAACAGCGGCUCGAUUGAUUAUGGAGAAUUCCUAGCUGCUACGGUGCACUUGAAUAAACUGGAGAGAGAAGAAAACUUAGUGUCAGCGUUCUCUUUCUUUGACAAAGAUGGUAGCGGGUACAUAACCAUUGAUGAGCUUCAGCAAGCAUGCAAGGAGUUUGGGCUGAGUGAGCUCCAUCUUGAUGAAAUGAUUAAGGAGAUUGAUCAAGAUAAUGAUGGACAGAUAGACUAUGGAGAAUUUGCUGCAAUGAUGAGAAUGGGAAACGGAGGAGUUGGGAGGAGGACCAUGAGAGGAACAUUUAACUUGGGAGAUGCCCUUGGAGGACUCGCAGCACCAAAUGGAUCUUCAUCUUAAAAUCGAUUCAUUUUGUUUCAUAGCAAGUUCUUUGUGUUGACUUCUCUCCUCUCUUAACCUGCUGAUCCUGACUGUAACCAAACGAUUAGUCCUCAAUGAGCAGGAGCCAUACCCAAAUUUUGCGUCUCUCUCUUUCUCUGCAUAAAUGGUUGUAUGAAUUUCUAAAUGUUUCACUUUUCUGCAAUGGGAUAACCCAUCGCCGAUACCUCGUUAACUACGGGUACAACAAACCCAGUUGCCUGCUAGUGUGCUUUCGGAUAAAGGAUUUUCUGAGGGUGAGAGUUUCUCUGUAGUUCCAGGAAACUCUAGGUUUACAGACACAGUUGUGUAUCCUGUAAUCAUAAACUAGUGUUAUUGGUUUAAGUUGCGGUGUAUUUGAAGGAUUGUAAAAUUGUAUCAGAGAUUGUAUCGGAA